UAUAGGAGACAACAUAAUUUGAGAGAGAGAGAGAGAGAGAGAGAGAGAGAGGAACUAAUGGUUGGGUUAAUGAUGGGUUGGGGAGCAGGUGAGAAAGGGUGGAGGAAGGGGCCUUGGACCCCUGAGGAGGAUAAAUUGCUCACUGAAUAUGUUAGCUUGAAUGGGGAGGGAAGGUGGAGUUCUGUGGCUAGGACUGCAGGACUGAACAGGAGUGGCAAGAGUUGUAGGCUAAGGUGGGUGAAUUACCUUAGGCCUGGUCUUAAGAAAGGGCACAUCACACCUCAAGAGGAAGGCAUCAUCAUUGAGCUGCAUGCCCUAUGGGGAAACAAAUGGUCUACUAUUGCUCGAUACUUGCCCGGGAGAACGGACAACGAGAUUAAAAAUUACUGGAGAACCCAUUUCAAGAAGAAAGGAAAGCCCUCCUCCCAAAUUAAGCAACUAGAAAAAAGAACAAAAACCCAACUCCUCCUCCAGAAACAAUUCCAGCAACGAGAGAACACCACCAUGAUCAACAACUCCUCCCCAAAUGAAGAGCUGAUGAGCAACGAAUCGACGACUGAGAGUACUGCGCAAGCAGAGCAAGAGACCGGUGGUUCGAUGUACCCUCCCGUCGUAGACAAUCAUUGCUUACCUGUUAUGUAUCAAGAUCUUGCUUCUUGGUGCGAAACCAUCACAGAGGAUACUCUAUGGGAUGGCUUGUGGAACCAAGAUGAUUGCAACGUCGACAAUGGAAAUAAUCCAUAUCAACCCAAUGGUUACCCUUGUGGAGGGAAUAACUGGUACAAUGAGGAGUACAUUUUCUAAGAUGGGGGUCGGGGUACCUACAAAAUGUAAUAUAGGGAAGAUAUAUAUAGUAACUCAGUUGUUUUUUUUUCCAAGUGAUUUGUUCUAAUUAGUUUAUAUGUUUUGUAGUUAAUUUAGUUCACACCUACCGGUUUUGGUUGAUUUUGUUGAAAGAAAAAUAAAGUUUCACCUCUUCCAAGCUA